AUUCUCGGCCACCCCAACCUGCCCGAAUCUGCCUGCUGCUGGAGCCGGAGCCGAGACACCCCGCCUGGAAAUGAAGGUCACCUCCUUAGCCCUCGUAACACUGCUCCUGGCGGCUCUCUGGAUGGAAGCCCACUCAUUCAGCUUUGAUAGGAAACACAACACAUGCUGUUAUGCAAACAAUUUUGUCAGAAAACCGAUCUCCCCGCAACUGAUCCGGAGCGACAGACCCACAGAUCAUAGAUGCUCCCGCCAGGCCGUGAUUGUGGUGCUGCGGAGGGGGAAGGAAGUCUGUGUCGACCCCAGUGAGGAAUGGUUCAAGACGUACAAAGAAAACCAGAAAAACUUCUUAAAGAAACUUGGCCUGUCGGUCUGAGAUGGAAGCAGGUGGACACCAUCUUGGUUUAACACGCCAUAUUAUUUAUAUGCACGGACGUAGCAGUGUAUGGUUUUGCUAAUUUAUUUUUCUAGUCCUGUUAAUUUAUGUGAUAAAACCUCUUCCAUUCCCUUCAUCCCUUCUG